AUGUCUUUCUCAAAUACCCAGGGCAAGGCAGAAGGUAUUCCGUCCCCUCACAAUACCUCAAGUAUCGACAACAUGGAGAAGACCGUUGCAUCGCAAGAUAAGGCAAAGGAUACUCCCGACGAUGAAGCAUAUUCGAUAAUUGCGCCUUCCGAGGAGGCGCCCAUUAUACCGUACAACGUCAAAAGUGGUGAUCCCCUUCCCAUCCCAGAUGGUCUUCCCGAAGAGGGAAAUCAAUUCACUUUUCGAGCGGUAGCCGUAGGGUGCCUUCUGGGUUCUGUGGUCCAGGCUAGCAAUAUGUAUUUGGGUUUGAAGACUGGGUUUACUUUUGGCGCAUCUCUGUUCGGCGCACUUUUUGGUUACGCGUUAUUGAAACCUUUGUCCAAGUCGAAGAUUCCAUUCUUUGGUGGCUACUUUGGUCCCAAGGAAAAUUGCACCGUCCAAACUGCGGCUACUGCAAGUGGUGGAUUGGGGAUCUUAUUUUCUACGGGAGUGCCUGCGAUGUAUCAGUUGGGAUUAUUAUCCCCUAAUCCGAAAGAUGAUAUCGCCAAGUUAAUUUUGUUUGCCAUGGCUGGUGCCUUCUUCGGAAUGGCCUUUGCCAUUCCUUUACGGACACAUUAUGUUUUACGCCAGAAACUCCUUUUCCCAACUCCAACCGCAACAGCCAUCGCGAUUCAAAGACUUCAUUCAGGACCCGAGGGAGAAGAAACGGGCAAAAAGCAAGUUAAAUGCUUGGCUCUAGCGUUCUCUGGCUCGAUGUCUCUGCGCGUUUUGAGUCAGUACCUUCCCGGAAUCGUAUGGAAAUGGCACUGGGGAUGGUGGCUUUAUCUAAUGGGUGCAAAACAAGCUGUCGGGAUCGAUAACUGGACAUGGUACUUUGAAAUUACCCCAGCCUUCCUCGGUGUAGGGAUUCUGACUGGACUCAAUGCCUCAUUAUCGUUCUACCUUGGCUCGCUAAUCGCCUGGGGAAUUAUAGGACCUAUUCUCGUUGCUAAAAACAUCGCAUACGGCUCCCAGAGAUUCCCGGACGUAUACCCAGAAAUUUAUGAUUACCAAUCUCUUAGUUCCAGUUUCACCACCGCUACACAUCCAUCAGCAAGGUAUUGGCUCUUGUGGCCAGGAGUUUUGCUUCUGAUCGUAUCAUCCUUCACUGAGUUGGGCCUGAACGGCAAGAAAAUGGUUAUGGGUAUCUGGGAAAUAGCUCGGACGGCUUUCAACACGGUAUUUCAUCAGAAGAAGACAAACGAGAAGGCUUCGUCUGACGAUCGAGACACGUUGAAGGACCCCGCCGCUGGACAUCUUGUUCCCCCAGUAGCCUGGGGAUCACUUCUAGUCGCAUCAAUCAUCUUGACCUGUCUCGUCAUGAAGCUCAAAUUUCAAGUUCAACUGGGAAUUACUCUUUUGGCAAUUUUUCUCGGAUUCUUGUUUUCGUUUAUUGGUGUCCAGUCAUGUGGAGAUACCGACAUAAACCCAAUCAGUACUUGUGCAAAAGCUUCGCAGCUCAUCAUUGGUGGUGCCACGCAUUCGUACGCUAUUCCUAAACAUGCUCUCACAGUCAAUCUUCUGUCGGGCAUGAUUGCAGGGGCUGCUGCCAACCAGACCACGGACAUGGUUGGUGAUCUACGAGCUGGGCAUUUGCUUGGUGCCAGUCCAGCAAACCAGUUCUACAGUCAAUUUGUGGGGUCAUUCUUUGCCAUAGUCCUUGCCCCCUCACUAUUUGUUCUGUUCAGCCAAGCUUAUCCCUGUAUCAUCGACUUGGAAGCCAAAACAUGUGAAUUUGGCGUACCUUCAGUCGGAGCUUGGAGAGCAGUUGCUACAGCAGUGACAGCCAAAGGAGAUUUGCCCAUCCCGAAAUCAUCGGCCAUAUUCGCGGUGGUCAUGUCGGUAGUUGGCAUGCUUUUAACAAUCAUCAAGUACAAAUUUGUCCCUCGAAACAAGAGGAAAUUUAUACCCAAUAUGAACGCUGUCGGACUUGGUUUUGUCGUCAACUUUACUGGCUAUGCUAGUGCGAUGGCUUUGGCAUCCAUACUCACUUACUUUUGGAAGAAAAAGUUCCCUCGCACCUAUGAAGUCUAUGCAUACUCCCUUGCCGCUGGAUUGAUGUCAGGCGAGGGUCUUGGUGGUGUCUUGAAUGCCAUGUUCUCAGUAGCAGGAAUUGGGGGCAAGAAAUAUGGUUCGAGCGCUCUUUGCCCAGGGAAGCAAUACUGUGGUUAA